AUGGCCCUCCUGGGAGAGAAGCAGUCGUCCGCGCUGUGCAGGCCAUCCAUCGAGCGUCGCACCACGGGCCCCGCCAAUCGGUCCCCAGCCCGCACGGCCGCGCGGGACUCCCGCACCGGCGGCAGCCCCAAGGGGCCUCCAAGUCGAUGCUCGACUCGGCACGGGGGAGGGGCUGGCCCCGAGGUGCGGGGAGCCAGCGAAUCCGUCGGCCAGGAGCUGGGCGGCGCCCUCCAUCAUUGCCGUCGUUUGGGGAGGGACGCGGUCCCGAUCGAGGCGGUGUGGGGCGGGCGGCGCGGGGCAGGAGGUGGCGGCGGGAAGGAGGUGUAGAUGGGAUCGAGGGGCAGGGUCGUGCUCGUGCGAGGCGCUGGUGGCUUUUUUUUUCUUC